AUGAACCGAGUACCACUUCUUUGGGUCAUCUGGAAAAAAAGGUAGGUUUUUCUUGCUGCCUUUUUACCGUCAAAAUGAUGGAGGGUUUUUAGUGUUUUUUCAUGAUAAAUAAACAACAUUUGUUUUCAAAAAGUACAGGGGAAAAAAAUUAACAGUGUUUUUCCUCGAUUUUACAGGAAAAAACCACCUUUUUUUUGAAAAAUUAACAGUGUUUUUCCUCGAUUUUACAGGAAAAAACCACCUUUUUGAAAAGUAUUUAUAAGGAUCUAAUUAUUUAUCUGGAUAUUUAGCCUUAAGAUCUAAUAUAUAAAGAAGACGUGCUGCAAUCUUAAUUCUAGACUUUAAAAUGUAAGCCAAAUGAAGAAAGAAAUUGCUUAUUGUAUCUUUAACCAAUAUAUUUUUUUGAACGUCAAAUGUUUUUUUAUCUAAAAAGAUGACCCACUUCUUUCAACUCGCAAACUAGUUUUAGAAGCGCUUGAUAGAAGUAGCGUAACUCGGUUUCCAAUUAAAGCUAUGUAUAAUUCAUUAUUAGGAGGAAUUAUCAAUGAUCAUGCCUUAAUGAGCAUCCCUAUUGAUGACCAUAUGGCACACAGAGGACACUCUGUAUUUGACACUUUAUCUGUAAUUAACGGGAGAGCUUUUAUUUUGCAAAGCCAUUUGGAUAGGCUUUUAAAGUCAGCAAGUCAAGCCAGAAUUGAACUACCAUUUGAAAGGCAAAAAAUUGCAGAAAUUUUAAAGCAGCUUGCCGCUUCUACAGGGCUGCAAUGCUGCAAAAUCAGAUAUUGGCUAUCUACAGGGCCAGGAAGUAUCGAGGUUUUCCCAUUGCCAGGGAUGUCUGCAUUUUAUGCAAUUGCUUUUGAAGGAGAUGCAAGGGCAGGAAACACUGAUAUCCAAAAAGAAUUUACAUCCUCUGUGCCGCUAAAGCCUAAGCUUUUAGCCACAAUGAAAUCAACAAAUUAUUUACUUAACGCUCUAUGUGCAAUGGAAUCACAAGACCAAGGAGGUCAUUUUGGGAUUAUGGUAAAUGAGGCAGGAUUUAUUGCAGAAGGGCCAGUCGCUAACCUUUCUUUUAUAUUGCCUGGCAGAAGAUUUGUGACGCCUCCUUAUGAUGAUAUUCUUAGAGGGACAACUUCGCUUUGUGUAGUAAAUAAUGCAAAAGAGCUCUUAAAUAAAGGAAUUUUGGCAUCAGUUGAACAGAGGAAUAUUCAUAUUGAUGAGGCUAAGACUUGUGAAGAAAUGUUUUACUCCAGUGGGGAUACUAUACACCCAGUAUUAGAAUGGGAUGGGAAGAAAAUUGGAAGUGGCGUAAGAGGGCCCAUUUCUCAGCUGUUUAUUGAUGCCCAUUUGCGGAACUUUGAAAAUCCUGCCCUCUGUGAAGAAAUCCCUUAUAAUUUAUAUAAAAACGAUUUAUAA